GCCUAGCCUUAAAUCACACAAAACCUCACUUGAACUCAGUUCCUCAGACAUUUUAGACAUCAGAACACAAGGACAAUACAAGUCUGAGGAUAACAUAAUCAACUUUCACUUUGAGAAUUCUAAAUUUUAGUAUACUAAUAAUUUUACAUAUUCAAGAAGAACAUACAGGGUGAAACAAGAAUGAAGAUUUUGAGUUUCUUUGGUGCAUUUCUGGUGCUGGCUGUCUUACUGUUUGUUCAAGGAGAUGAGGAUCAAUGUCAUCCAAUAGUCCAACCAUUCUGUAAACAAUUACAAUAUGCUGGGGGAAUCAACUCAACAUCUGUGGAGAUCAUACGGCAGCACAGACUGACAAUCUUCCAACAAAUGUCACCAAUCUUGCGUUCUCAAUGCUCUCCAUAUCUUCUCAAGUUCAUAUGUGCAACGGAAGUGCCACUAUGCUCCCAGACCCACGUAGAAGCCAUGGGAAUCCCUGAUGUAAUCAAGUCACCCAGGCCCUGCAGAGACAUGUGUUUAGAUGUGUACAAAAGCUGCGCAAGAAUGUUAAGGAUUCGGGCACGACCAUGGCCUGGUAAACUUCUGUGCCACAAAUUCCCGCAGCGCAACUGUCUUGCUAAGGAUGAGGAAUCAUUUGAUUUUAUCAGCAGGCCACUGAAUGACUUCUUCGAUGAGACCUUGUUUAAAACAGAUCUUCAGGAAAAUGGUGCAAUGUUUGAUGGUGGACUAGAUGCUGAACCAAUGGAGUUUAUCUUGGAUGAUGAGAUAACAAAUCCUGAAUCCAAUCAAGAAAGUCGUGUUUUUGGUCUUGAAUUUAAAACAACAGUGGCAGAUGGGUCGAUUGUUGCCUUCCAUACAACAGAAGCUAAAGGUGUGAUAAUUGUAGCACUGAAGGAAGGAAGACUUGUCUAUAUGGCAAACUGUGGAGAGAAGGAAAUAAUCUUUAAACAAUCCAACACACGAUACGAUGAUGGAGAAUGGCAUGAGGCAUUUGUCCCCCACUUUAAGCCCAUCAAUGCUUUAAAUGUAAGUCGAGUUUUUGGUCUUGAAUUUAAAACAACAGUGGCAGAUGGGUCGAUUGUUGCCUUCCAUACAACAGAAGCUAAAGGUGUGAUAAUUGUAGCACUGAAGGAAGGAAGACUUGUCUAUAUGGCAAACUGUGGAGAGAAGGAAAUAAUCUUUAAACAAUCCAACACACGAUACGAUGAUGGAGAAUGGCAUGAGAUCUCAGUUCCACUUGACUGGAGGAUGUUGAAUGGCGCCUCAGAGAACAUGCAGGACAGUGAAACUACCCAUGGAUCAUGCCAAGAGAUCUUCAACAAGGCAACUGUUGGAGCAGCCAAGCUGACAACUAAUCAAAGUGGCAUACUCAGUAGCAUCGUUGCAUCAUUCACUGGGUGCAUCAGGAAUGUGAAACAUGGAGAAGUUGUACCAGAGAUGGCCCCCACAAGUGUCCAAAACCAGAAUGGCACCAUGCGACAGUGGAGCAAAUGUCAACAAUAAAUACACGUGAAAUUAAAUUAAGAUCAAUGACUGAGUAUUGAUGAUAUUAUUUUCUGUGUAAAGUUUAUGUUUAUGGAAGAGAGGGAAUCUGAACAAUACUUGUAAACAUGUAUUUAUGUUUAUUGUAUCAUAAACUGUUUACAUUUUC